AGAGGGAUCGGUCGGAGCGGACUGGAGGCGUUCAGCACCAAGGACAGCGGCGGCCAGCAGCACCAUGCGCAUUGCCUGCAGCAGCUUCUCACCGACCUGCUCCGGAUAAUCAUCAGCCUGUGCAGCGCCCCCCCCCAUCUCUCCGACCCUGUCCUAACCCCCGGGGGGAGAUGGCAGACCGGACUGCCCCCAACUGCCACCUCCGCCUGGAGUGGGUCUACGGCUACCGGGGCCACCAGUGCCGGAACAACCUCUACUACACGGCGGCCAAGGAGAUCGUCUACUUCGUGGCCGGGGUCGGGGUGGUCUACAACACCCGGGAGCACAAGCAGAAAUUCUACAUGGGCCACAAUGACGAUAUCAUCAGCUUGGCGCUGCACCCUGAACGUCAGCUGGUGGCUACGGGGCAAGUUGGGAAGGAGCCAUACAUCUGUGUGUGGGAUUCAUACUCCGUCCAGACCGUCUCUAUACUGAAAGAUGUCCACACGCAUGGUAUCGCCUGUCUGGCAUUUGACAUGGAAGGACAGCGCCUGGUGUCUGUGGGUCUCGACUCCAAGAACACGAUCUGCGUCUGGGACUGGAGGAAAGGGAAGCUGCUGUCUAUGGCCCCGGGUCACACAGACAGGAUCUUUGACAUCUCCUGGGAUCUCUACCAACCCAACAAGCUGGUCAGCUGUGGAGUGAAACACAUCAAGUUCUGGAGCCUUUGCGGGAACUCGCUGACGCCAAAACGCGGCGUGUUUGGGAAGACGGGUGACCUGCAGACCAUACUGUGCCUGGCGGGCGCGAGGGACGAGGUGACCUAUUCCGGAGCGCUGAACGGUGACAUCUACGUGUGGAAGGGGCUGAACCUCGCUCGGACAAUCCAAGGAGCGCACGCUGCCGGAAUCUUCAGUAUGAACGCCUGUGAGGAAGGGUUUGCCACCGGAGGCCGGGACGGCUGUGUGCGUCUGUGGGAUUUAAACUUUAAACCAAUCACAGUCAUUGAUCUCAGGGAAACCGACCAAGGCUACAAAGGUCUGUCUGUACGGAGCGUGUGCUGGAGAGGGGACCACAUCCUGGUGGGGACUCAGGACAGUGAGAUUUUCGAGAUUGUGGUCCACGAACGCAACAAGCCCUUCCUGAUCAUGCAAGGACACUGUGAGGGAGAGCUCUGGGCUCUGGCUGUCCAUCCGACCAAACCGCUGGCCAUUACCGGGAGCGACGACCGAUCAGUGAGGAUCUGGAGCCUGGUGGACCACGCCUUGAUUGCACGUUGCAAUAUGGAGGAACCAAUCCGCUGCGCUGCCGUCAGCACGGAUGGCAUCCAUCUAGCGCUGGGCAUGAAGGACGGGUCGUUCACUGUACUGCGAGUCAGGGAUAUGACGGAGGUGGUACAUAUAAAAGACAGGAAAGAGGCCAUCCAUGAGCUGAAAUAUUCUACGGAUGGAAAUUUUCUGGCGGUGGGUUCGAAUGACAGCUGCGUGGACAUCUAUGGGGUGGUGCAGAGGUACAAGAAGGUGGGCGAGUGUAUGGGCUCCGUGUCCUUCAUCACACACAUGGACUGGUCAGCCGACAGCAAAUUCCUGCAGACCAACGAUGGCAGCGGGAAAAGGAUGUUCUACAGGAUGCCGGGAGGAAAGGAAAUCACCAAUAAGGAAGAAUUGAAGGGGGUGCAGUGGGCCCGAUGGACGUGUGUGACCGGUUUGGAAGUCAACGGGAUUGGUCCCAAAUACUCGGAGAUGAAUGACAUCAAUUCCGUAGACACCAACUUUCUUGGGCAAGUCUUGGUGACGGCGGAUGAUUACGGGAUUGUGAAGCUUUUCCGGUACCCCUGUGUGAGGAGAGGAGCCAAGUUUCGGAAGUACUUGGGCCACUCGGCUCACGUCACCAGCGUGCGUUGGUCACAUGACUAUCAGUGGAUUAUCUCGGUUGGUGGCGCCGACCACUCGGUAUUCCAGUGGAAGUUUAUACCAGACCGGAAGCUGAAAGACGUCCUCCAUAUUGCUCCACAAGAGAGUUUGAUUGACUCCAAUAGCGAUGAAUCGGAUUCAGAACAGUCGGAUGUCCCAGAGCUGGACUCUGAGAUUGAGCAGGAGACGCAGGUCACGUACCGCCGCCAGGUGUAUAAAGAAGAUCUACCUCAGCUUAAAGAGCAAUGCAAAGAAAAACACAAAAGUGCUUCUUCCAAGAGGCGUGAGAGAGCACCCCUCAACAGCAUUCGUCUCCACUUUGUGCACGGGUACCGGGGCUAUGACUGCCGCAGUAACCUCUUUUACACUCAGACGGGUGAAAUUGUUUACCACGUGGCGGCAGUGGGCGUGGUCUAUAACCGCCAGAACAACACCCAGAGGUUCUAUCUCGGGCACACUGAUGACAUCCUGUGCCUCGCCAUCCACCCGCUGAAGGAUUAUGUAGCCACUGGCCAGGUGGGCAGGGACAGCACGGUGCACAUUUGGGACUGUGAGACCAUCCGACCGCUCUCGGUGCUGAAGGGCCACCACCAGUAUGGGGUGUGCGCUGUGGAUUUCUCAGCGGAUGGGAAGCGCCUGGCCUCAGCCGGCAUUGAUGACAAUCACACCGUUGUCUUGUGGGACUGGAAAAAAGGAGAGAAGUUAUCAUCCGUUAGAGGAAGUAAAGACAAGAUAUUCGUGGUGAAGAUUAACCCCUAUAUGCCCGACAAGCUGAUCACCGCUGGCGUGAAGCACAUGAAGUUCUGGCGGCGUGCAGGCGGGGGGCUGAUAGGACGCAAAGCUUGUAUCGGAAGCGGCACAAAGAUUGACACCAUGAUGUGUGCGGUGUACGGCUGGACGGAGGAGAUGUCCUUUUCGGGGACGUGCACUGGAGAUGUGUGUAUAUGGAGGGAUCUCUUCCUCAUGAAGACGAUAAAGGCUCACGAUGGUCCCGUGUUCAGCAUGCACGCCCUGGAUAAGGGUUUUGUGACCGGAGGGAAGGACGGCGUGGUCGCCUUGUGGGAUGACUCCUUUGAGCGAUGCCUCAAAACCUACGCAAUCAAGAGAGCCGCGUUGGCUCCAGGUUCUAAAGGGCUCCUAUUAGAAGACAACCCUUCUAUCCGUGCCAUAUCUCUGGGACACGGCCAUAUCCUGGUGGGAACAAAAAAUGGAGAGAUCCUGGAGGUGGAUAAGAGUGGACCAGUCACCCUCCUGGUCCAGGGACAUAUGGAGGGAGAAGUUUGGGGUUUGGCCACCCACCCGCAUUUACCCAUCUGUGCCACUGUGAGCGAUGACAGGACCCUCCGCAUCUGGGACCUCUCCCCCAGCCAUUGCAUGCUCGCUGUGCGCAAACUGAAGAAAGGUGGUCGGUGCUGUUCUUUCUCUCCAGAUGGAAAAGCUCUAGCUGUCGGUCUAAACGACGGAAGUUUUUUAAUCGUCAACGCAGACACGCUGGAGGACUUGGUGUCUUUUCACCACAGGAAGGAUGUGAUUUCUGACAUUCGCUUCUCCCCUGGUUCUGGUAAAUACGUGGCUGUUGCUUCCUAUGACAACUUUGUGGAUAUUUACAAUGUGAUGAGCAGUAAACGAAUUGGAGUGUGUAAGGGGUCCACAAGCUACAUCACCCACCUGGACUGGGACACCCGAGGGAAGCUGAUACAGGUGAACACCGGGGCCAAGGAACAGCUAUUUUUCGAAGCCCCUCGAGGAAAAAGGCAAAUGAUUCCAGCCCACGAGGCAGAGAAGAUCUCCUGGUGCUCUUGGACAAGUGUCCUGGGUGCAAGCUGUGAGGGAAUCUGGCCAGUGAUUGGAGAGGUCAGCGACGUAACGGCCGCCUCACUUACCAAUGAUGGCAAAGUCUUGGCAACUGGUGACGAUUUUGGAUACGUGAAGCUAUUUCGAUACCCCGUAAAAGGAAAAUACGGGAAAUUUAAGAGGUAUGUAGCCCACAGCGCCCACGUCACCAAUCUACGCUGGAUUUACGAUGACAGCUUACUGGUCAGCGUUGGCGGUUCGGACACCUCGCUCAUGCUCUGGACACACGAAGUAGAGGGGCACCGAGAAACGCGGCAGUGCGACAGUGAAGAGUCAGACCUGGAUUCCGAGGAGGACGGAGGUUAUGACAGCGAUGUGACGAGAGAGAAUGAAAUGACCUACACCAUCAGAGCCUUAUCCACCAACAUCCGUCCUACGGCUGGGAUCAAACCUCACCUGCAGCAGAAGGAGCUGUCCUUGGAUGAGAGGCAGGGCGUAGUCAGAGGUUCCAGACCGCCUGUUAGUAGGGCCCUACCGCAGCCGGAAAAACUUCAGACCAACAAUGUGGGGAAAAAGAAGAGACCCAUCGAGGAUUUGGUCCUGGAACUGGUGUUCGGUUAUCGGGGUAAAGACUGCAGAAACAACGUUCACUAUUUAAAUGAUGGUGCUGAUAUCCUGUACCACGCUGCCUCCAUUGGGAUCCUGUAUAAUGUCGCUACAGGAUCUCAGAGUUUUUACCAAGAACACACAGAUGACAUCUUGUGCCUCACCGUGAACCAACACCCAAAGUUCACCAACAUUGUGGCAACUGGCCAAGUAGGCGAUGCCGCCGAUAUGUCCGCAUCAGCCCCCUCUAUACACGUCUGGGACGCCAUGAACAAGCAGACGCACUCGGUGCUGCGCUGUUACCAUUCCAAGGGGGUGUGCUCGGUCAGUUUCAGCGCCACUGGGAAGUUGCUGCUCUCCGUUGGGCUGGAUCCGGAACACACCAUCACCAUCUGGAAGUGGCAGGAAGGUGCCAAAAUUGCCAGCAAAGUUGGCCACAACCAGCGAAUCUUUGUAGCGGAGUUCCGGCCAGACUCGGACACCCAGUUUGUGUCGGUGGGGAUGAAGCACGUGCGGUUCUGGACGUUGGCGGGGAGAGCGCUGCUUAGUAAGAAGGGGAUGAUGAGUUCCAUCGAGGACGCCCGCAUGCAGACCAUGUUGGCCGUGGCGUUUGGUGCGGGGAAUUUGACGUUUACAGGAACGAUUAGCGGGGACGUCUGUGUUUGGAAGGAUCACAUACUGUCCCGAAUUGUGGCCAAAGCUCAUAACGGUCCCGUGUUCACCAUGUAUACCACGCUGAGGGACGGCCUCAUCGUCACUGGUGGGAAGGAGAGACCGUCCAAGGAAGGUGGGGCAGUGAAGCUGUGGGAUCAGGAGCUGAAGAGGUGUCGUGCUUUCAGGCUGGAGACUGGCCAGACCACCGAUUGUGUCAGAUCAGUAUGCAGGGGCAAGGGGAAGAUCCUGGUCGGCACACGCAAUGCCGAAAUUAUCGAGGUGGGGGAGAAGAACGCAGCUUGUAAUAUUCUCAUCAAUGGUCACAUGGACGGGCCCCUCUGGGGACUGGCCACCCACCCGACCCGGGACUUUUUCCUGUCCGCUGCGGAAGAUGGCACUGUACGGCUGUGGGACAUUGUGGAUAAGAAGAUGUUAAACAAAGUGAACCUGGGUCACUCUGCGCGUUCCGUCUGCUACAGCCCCGAGGGUGACAUGGUGGCCAUCGGUAUGAAGAACGGAGAGUUUAUAAUCUUAGUUGUGGCCUCCCUAAAGAUUUGGGGCAAGAAGAGAGAUCGGAGAUCUGCCAUUCAGGACAUCCGAUUUAGCCCGGAUUCCCACUACUUGGCGGUGGGUUCCGGCGAGAACGCCGUCGAUUUCUACGACCUCACCAUCGGACCCUCGCUGAACCGUAUCAGCUACUGCAAAGACAUUCCCAGCUUCGUAAUGCAGAUCGAUUUCUCCGCAGACAGCCGCUAUGUGCAGGUCUCCACCGGGUGUUACAAGAGGCUGGUCUAUGAAGUGCCUUCAGGAAAACUCCUCUCGGAACAAGCUGUGAUUGACCGCAUCACCUGGGCUAGCUGGACCAGCGUCCUGGGUGAUGAAGUUCUAGGAAUCUGGUCCAGACACAACGAUAAGUCGGACGUGACGUGCGCAUGCGUGUCUCACUCAGGGAUCAGCCUGGUUACGGGCGACGACUUUGGAAUGGUCAAGUUAUUUGACUUCCCCUGUCCAGAAAAGUUUGCAAAACAUAAGCGUUUCCUGGGGCACUCCGCCCAUGUGACCAACAUCCGAUUCACCAGCGGUGACCGCUACGUGGUUAGUGCAGGAGGAGACGACUGCAGCUUAUUUGUAUGGAAAUGUGUCCACAUGCCGCACUGAAAACAACGGAGCGCCUGCGCAAUUGCCCGCCCAGAGUGUACGAGAGCCGUUCCUCUCUCUCUAAGCCUGCUGGGUAAGCCGAGCGGCUGUGGAUCUGCAGAGCAGCCGCACUGAAGAGAUCUAGGAGGCAAGAUGGCAUGAAGCGGACAGAGACAAGAUGCGUGACGGGAGCCACGUUGUUGCAGAGAAAAAGCAUGCAUUACAGCCACGGGGGCCCCGUGUGGCUCUAAGAUUGGAAUGUUAAGCGGGCACCUCCUACCCUCUGCGUUGUUAUGAUCUCAGUGUACCAGUAAAAAGGGGGGACGACGGGUCUGACUACCAGCUGGACAGAUGUGGAGAAGUUGUGUAAAAUAUAUACCAGCAUCAUGGACAUUUCUCUGAGGUCCAUGUCGCAAAGGAGGAAGGCGAUUCUGCCACUGGCACGGGCCGUACCACCAGGGGAUGACCGACUCGCUCCAUUAGCUGUGCCAGCCCCAUGAUACGGCUCACUUUAAGCGAGUGCCUUCCUUCCCUACACUCCCAAAGUCUGACAUCUCCGGUCCUGUUUUUUUGCCUUGUUCGGUCCCUUCCACGCUGAGGUUGCCAUAUUGUAUGUGCUGCUUGUUUCUUUAUGAAGACGUUUAUUCAGUCUGUGGAGCUGUGUAUUUAACCUCUUCGCUGCUAGAAGGGGCCUGUAACUCAUAUUGGGGUUAUUAGAGGGACUAUGCGUGCAUUUAUUCCUGGAGACAUAAAUAUAAUUUCUUACAAGAUA